CGCAAGUGCUGAUCACGUGACACGUAGCUCUGCGCUGAUUGGCUGUGGAAGGUCGGCACUGCCUUCAGUUUUAGAUAAUGUGUUUAGUGUGGUGCUGCAGGCUCCUGUGAAAGAUUCCACAUUUCAUCUGAAGAUAAAGCAGCAAUGUGGAUGUAUAUAUUAGCUUUGGUGGUCCUGUACUAUGUGGUCCGCUGGUUCCGUGAGCUGGAGAGAGUUCCAGAGAGAGGGAGUAAGUACGUGUACAUCACUGGCUGCGACUCCGGCUUCGGGAAUCUUCUAGCACGCCAUCUGGACAAGUGCGGAUUCUGUGUGGUGGCAUCGUGUUUUACGGAGAAGGGUGAAGAGGAGCUGAAAAAGUCCUGCUCAAGCCGAUUAUCAACCAUCCAUCUGGAUGUCAGAAAGCAGGAAAGCAUUGACAAGGCUGCAAUCUUUGUCAAGGAGCUAGUGGGGCAGAAAGGUCUGUGGGCCGUGGUCAAUAACGCAGGGGUCUCAGUUCCAUCGGCUCCCUGUGACUGGUUGACUCUGGAAGACUACAGGUCCAUGCUGUCUGUCAACUUGGACGGAGUCAUCGGCGUGACACUGAGUGUCCUAUCUCUCAUUAAGAAAGCCAGGGGACGUGUGGUUAACGUGGCCAGCGUGUUUGGCCGGAUCAGUCCAACUGCAGGACCCUAUUGCGUGUCCAAAUAUGGUGUAGAAUCUUUUAACGACUCCCUCAGGAUAUCUAUGCACGCAUUUGGAGUGAAGGUCUUGUGUAUUGAGCCCGGUUUCUUUAAGACCAGUGUGACUGACACCGACAUAAUUCUCAGAAGCCUUAAAAGGAUUUGGGAACGAUUGCCGCAGGAGACUAAAGACGACUAUGGAGAAGAUUACUUAAGCAAAGUGGAAACAAUGAUCGAAAAGAAGCUCACCAAGAUGUCAGACGGUGACUUGAUGAAGGUUGUGAGCUGUAUGGAGCAUGCUGUCUCAGCUGUGCAUCCUCGUACCCGCUACUCCCCUGGCUGGGAUGCCAAACUUUUUUGGCUGCCACUUUCUUAUGCUCCCAGCUGUGUUUUUGACUACUUGAUGCUGAAAGACCAUGUCAAACCUGCCAAAGCUGUGAUUUAGACUGAGGCUGUCAACUACAGUAAAAAGUCUGAUUUUUGGACAGUUUUGUACUAUAGCAGGGAUGGACAAAUCAGUAUCCUGGGCUUGCAGGACACAGAUUUCUCUCACUAUUCGUUUUUGAUUUGUUGUUAGCUGUGGAGAAAGUAGAUUUAACAUCUAGAGAAAAAAAAAAUGAACACACGACCUAAUGACAAUAAUAUUUCUUUUUCCCGUUCAGAGGGUUUCACUUGAUGUUUGCCAUGAUGCAACAUACCUCAAUACUGAAUCUUACUCCGUUACACUAAAAAUCCAAGGAUGUAGUUUUCACUCUGUGUAACAUAGGUAUGUGAUAACGAGUCUGAGCAGGAAUAAUAUCCACUUCAAAGCUCCUGCCAUAAACAUAUUAACAGAAAAAAAGACGCUAAGGCAGACACUAAUAGCUUUGUUAGACGAGCCUAAAAGUAAUUAAACUGUUUGUAAUAAUGCACUGCAGUUGCUAACUAGCUCACUAUGUUAUUUUGCUACGUUUUUAGCCUAGCCUGAUGUGUGUUAAAGAGGGCCUCACUUAUGAAACAAUCUGCCUACCCCUGUCUAGCAUCGCUGAUUAUAAGCCCGUGGGAAUCAGUUCUUUUCUAUCCAUUUUCAGCAUCAUGAAACAUAAUCUAAUCACAAACUAGCAUAAUCUUUUGCAAAUCCUCCCUGUCUAAAUCCACUUUGGGUUCUGAAAAAAGGUGUUUUGUGGAAUUUGAGAUACAAAACAAUAAAUAUGCGUGUGCACAUUUCUGUAA